AGCCCACUUCACGUAGGUACAACUGGUACAGGAAAAUAAAUACAGCAUGUGAGCAUGUCAUGUCAUUUGAUGUCAUUUGACUUCGACUGGUCGUCAUAUACGAUUUUGAAAAAAUCAACAAUUGGUAAACCAGGUUAUGGAACAAGGUCAGAUGUUAUCAUAAAAAGUCUACAUAUAAAUUGAAUAAUGUUCUUUAAUCAAAUCUACAUACUAUGGUUCAGUAUAGAUAGCCACAACUGAGGCUUCAACAUCCCCAUAUAAUGGAGAACUAUACUUCAAGCAGUAGUGAUGAAGAAAAUAGUUACAAAGUGAUUGAUUAUGCCUAUCUGCUCCUGGACCCUGAUUCUGUUGAAAAAAAACUACAAGAGUAUUUGGAAGACACAAAAAGUGCUAAAAUCGAGAAGCUCAUCUUACAUCACAAUCGACUCUGUGAGUUACCACCUAACCUGACCAGAUUUUUCAACACCAGAGUUCUUGAUAUCAGCAACAAUGGCCUCACUACAUUACCCAAUCUACUAGAAUACCUACCUUUGACUACCCUCAUUGCCAAAAACAAUCUGCUCACAUGUAAUUCGUUGCCUAAAACAUUCACAAAAUGUUCGAAUUUGAAAGAGUUGAAUUUGAGCGGAAAUCAAAUUACACAGUUUCCUGAGCAGAUUCUGGAGUUUGUGAAUCUGAAGUUUUUGUAUUUGGGUGGAAAUAAAAUGCAGCAAAUUUCCAGAAAUAUAUGGAAAUUGAAAAAUUUGCAGAUGGUUUCAUUUGGAGGUAAUGAAUUAUCAGAAGUGCCGACCACUUUAGGACAACUACACAAUUUACAAGCCCUAGUACUAUGUGAUAAUCAAAUCGAAUGUCUUCCUUCCAAUAUAGCCAAUUUACACAAACUGAAGUCGUUGCUUUUGCACAAGAAUAAAUUGAGAACACUUCCACCUGAGAUUAUUGCUCUGAAAAAUUUGACAGAGUUGAGUCUUCGAGAAAAUCCUCUCGUAGUCAGAUUCGUUAGCCAAAUGAGUUAUGAUCCUGCUAGCCUCUUGGAGUUAUCAGCCAGAGCUGUAAAAUUACAUGAAAUACCAUAUGGAACUGAAGAUAUUCCAGGGACUCUUUUCAAAUACAUGGAUUCUGCACAUCACUGCGUCAAUCGACAAUGCAAAGGUGUCUACUUUGAUAACAGAGUGGAACACAUAAAAUUCGUUGAUUUCUGUGGGAAAUAUCGAAUACCCCUGUUGCAAUACCUAUGUUCCUCAAAGUGUGUCAACACUAAGAAAUUGAGAAGAGAUGAUAUCCAUGAUAGGCCAUCUAGGUCUUAUAUGAUGAAGAAAGUAUUAUUGGGUUGAAAAAAAUGUAUAUAAUCUUACAUAUUUUAUUAAGUUUGAAAUUACAAUUCUAGAUCAUGAACUGGAUGUUUGUUGAAUGCCUUUGUAUUGUUGUAUCAUAUUUUAUACUGUGCCAUUUAGGCAAUGACUGCUGAAUGAAAAUAAAUUUUAAAUCGAA